UUAUGAUUUCCUUAUGAUUGCAGUUUAUUGUUCAGUUGUAUCGAUGUUGGAAGAAAGCAUGUCUGCGAAGAGCCUACCUCGUAAGCCYGGCUCGAACACAAUGCCGGAAGCCGAGAGGAGCUCGAAUUACACGUGUCACACGGUUAGAGGACAGAGCCAACUGUGCGUGGCAUGAGUUUAAAGUACCCCCCGUGGGAGCGAUAAAUAAAAAGAGCGACCGCGCGGCUUUGCUGUUUGCAGUUACUACUACCCCCCGUUUCUCUUCUCUGCCUCUCUGCAGUCUCUGUCUCUUAAUUUGUUUUCUGAUCGUAAUGGUGGACGGUCCGGACUGUCCAACUCUGAGGGCUUGCAUCGAAACUGGAAUUCCUCCCAAGUAUCUAUACUUCUCCAGCAUUUCUAUCUCUCUUUUCACUGCCUGAGUGCCUGUGAAGGAGGAAGGUUUGAAGUUACAAAUGAAACGAUCAGCAACAAGUUCUGUGUGGAUUUAUAGAUUAUGAUAUUGAGAUAAUCUGAGSGAGAAACCUGUUCUUGAUUUCGUAGUCGGAGGAAAUGGGGAAGAAGGGAAGUUGGAUCACGACGGUGAAGAAAGUAUUCAGAUCAUCUUCCAAAGAUUUGGACAAGAAGAAGGAAAAUGUGAACAACUGGAAACAUGAGACAGCGUUGCCAGAUACUAUGUCUUUUGAAAACUUCCCGGCUGAAACUUCCGCUGACGGUACCAACGAUGAAAGCAUAGCGCAGUCUCCCAUCGCUGAAGAUAGGAAUCAUGCAAUUGCAGUUGCUGUGGCCACCGCUGCAGCGGCCGAGGCUGCAGUUGCAGCAGCUCAAGCUGCUGCCAAAGUUGUACGGUUGGCCGGUUACGGUCGUCACUCCAAGGAGGAAAGGGCUGCCACCCUCAUACAAUCCUAUUAUAGAGGAUACCUUGCCCGGCGAGCGUUGCGCGCGUUGAAGGGGCUAGUGAGGCUGCAGGCCUUAGUGCGAGGUCAUAAUGUCCGCAAACAGGCCCAGAUGACCAUGCGGUGCAUGCAAGCCUUGGUGCGUGUGCAAGCGAGAGUAAGGGCACGCCGACUCCAAUUGGCCCAUGAAAAGCUCGAAAAAAGGGUUGAGGAACAACCACCACCACGAAAUCAACGGCGACGAGGACUUGGGUUGGGCCUCCAGGAAGAAGAAAUUCCAGGGACGAAGAGCCUGCAACCCAAGAAUUUUACAAUGGAGAACUGGGAUGGAAGGCAGCAAAGCUUGGAGGCUACCAAGGAGAACUCUCAGCGGAAACAUGAUGCCAUGAUCAGGAGAGAGAGAGCCCUUGCUUACGCUUUUACCUACCAGCAACAACAUCAUCUCUUGCAGUCAGAACCAAAUGCUAACAACGCUGGCUUGUAUUCUAAGGAGAUUGAAAAUCCACAAUGGGGGUGGAACUGGCUAGAGCGUUGGAUGGCAUCACAGCCAUGGAACACACAGCAUUUGUCCACACUAGAGAGCUCCCAUGUUACUCUCAUUAACACAGAUGACAUGUCCGAGAAGACGGUCGAGAUGGACACGGUAACACCACCGCGAUCUGACCCAGCCACUUAUUACCCGACCCGGCAGCAACAUCGACAGACGGGCUUUGAUGGUGUGCCUAGUUACAUGGCAACGACCCAGUCGUCAAAAGCCAAAGUGCGAAGUCAAGCUUCAGUGAAGCAGCGCAUCCCAACUGGGUUGCAGUGGAAUUCAUCGACAAGGAGGGGAUCAGUAUCUGCGUCGGCAUGCGACUCCACGAGUUCUGGUGGUGGAACCGCAGUCUAUCAAGUACCAAGGAGUCCGAGCCCAAAAGGUAAUGGUGCACACAUGCACUCCUUCAAGAGAUACGGGGGUUAUAGCCCGGACUCGACUGGUUUUGAAUUGCGAUGAGCCAGAUGCCACCUUUACAUGACUUCGGGAGCGGAUGAUGGAUAGGCUGUGGUUCCAAAAUUCAAUAAACUCUGUCAUAUCGUGUGAUACCUUGCAAUCUUUGACGACAUUUUAAGAAGUGUGUCUGUCUUUAGUCUCUUUACUUACCUGAAAAAAACAUAAGCAAGUGUCUGUCUAUUCUGUAGUCUAUACUUCAGUACUGAGGCACUCUGGCACUAAAGGAUUUAGGAGCCUUCAUUUCAUCACUCAUCAGCUUGUUGGAGAAACUUGAAAUAAUCAUCAACUUCAACUGACAACAUGAGUGACGUGAUGAAAUUCUUUCCACUGGCCGAUGGUUUUCUUCCGUCAAAAGUGAAGACUCCUUUUUUCUUCUUCAGCAACGUUGGAAACUUGGAAAUAGCUGCACUUGGCACUUGCAUAAAGUGCUGGUAUUCUACUUACCGUACAUGGGCUUCGAUUUGGAUCUUAUUAGAGUUGAGAACAAUGAGUGGGCUGGUAUUCUUAAUGGACCCUUCAUAUGUUGUGCUUGAUUACUCUGAA